UGGAGGGAAAGUGGCGGGGUUUAGGACCCGGCGGGACGCGCGGUACAAUAGGGCUGUUGUGCCGUGGUGGUGGACAGAUUGCAACCCUGGAGGUUCCCACUGUGGUGGGACACAAAAAACUAAAAUUAAUCUGUAGCUGGAAGCAGCGCCACUGUUUUUAUAGGUAAACGCUGGACAUUUCUGUGGGCUGAUACGUGGCUGCAAUAAAGCGGACAGCAGAACGAGAGCUGAAGGCACGAACUUAAGUGGUUAAGGAUCUACCACAGGAAUCUACUAGCAUGCUUUUCAACUGGAAAUUUAUGGAUCUUACAGGAUGAAACGUCUCCGGUCAUCAAGCAGCAGCGACAGUUCUGACAAUGAGAGUCCCUCUACCUCCUUCUGCUCCUCCAACAAGAAUGGCAGUAAACCUGGAACCCCCGCCUCCAACCAGAAGAAACCAGCUGAAGUGUUCAGAAAAGACCUGAUCAGUGCCAUGAAGCUGCCUGACUCCCACCAUGUGUCCCCAGAGGACUGCUACCUGCUGGCAGACACCUGGAAGCAGGAGUGGGAGAAGGGAGUCCAGGUGCUUGCAAGUCCAGACACCAUCCCAGAGCCGUCAGUCAGAGUUAUUGCAGAGAAGCCCAAGGAGGUGCUUUACUCUCACCAGAGGAAGUACAUCCAGUGCUCGAGCCAGGAAUCAACAGAACUGGGUUAUAUCAACAUCAGAGAGCUGGCAGAGGCUAUGUGUCGCUACGAUCUGGACGAUGUGGACCUUUACUGGCUGCACACGCUCAACAGAGAGCUCGAUCGCAUGGGGGAGGAGCCCAUAGACGAGCUGACAAUGGAACGUGCCAUGGAGGCCCUGGAGAGGCAGUGCCAUGACAACAUGAACCAUGCCAUCGAGACAGUGGAAGGCCUGGGGAUUGAAUACGACGAGGACGUCAUCUGCGAUGUGUGCCGAUCCCCCGACAGCGAGGAGGGGAAUGACAUGGUGUUCUGUGACAAGUGCAACAUCUGUGUGCACCAGGCUUGUUACGGCAUAGUCAAAGUGCCUAUUGGAAACUGGCUGUGCAGGACAUGUGUGCUCGGUAUCGACCCUCAGUGCCUUCUGUGUCCAAAGAAGGGCGGUGCCAUGAAGGCAACGCGUGCAGGCACCAAGUGGGCACAUGUCAGCUGUGCUCUGUGGAUACCAGAGGUGAGCAUCGCUUGUCCCGAGAGGAUGGAGCCCAUCACCAAAGUGUCCCACAUCCCACCCAGCCGUUGGUCUCUCAUCUGCAGCCUGUGUAAAUUAAAGACAGGCGCCUGUAUCCAGUGCUCUGUAAAGAACUGCACCACUCCUUUCCAUGUGACAUGUGCCUUUGAGCACAGCCUGGAGAUGAAGACCAUCCUGGAUGAAGGAGAUGAAGUCAAAUUCAAGUCUUACUGCCUCAAACACAGCAAGUCUAAGACUGGUGAGGCUGGCCUGAGCCCAGCACGUUCUAAGCCCCCCGCUGAGGCAGAGAAGGUGGGCCAGCGGGCACAGAGACUGCAGGAGCUGCAGGAGGACUUCUGCACUCUAAUCCAGCUGGAGGAGCUGGCUCAGGCCCUCGGGCUCUCUGAGCACCUGGCAGACUUCAUCUAUCAGUACUGGAAGCUGAAGAGGAAAGCUAACUUUAACAAAGCUCUGCUGCCUCCUAAGGAGGAGGAGGAGAACGUGGCGCUGCAGCCUCAGGAGGACAGCAUCCACACACGCAUGCGGAUGUUCAUGCACCUGCGGCAAGAUUUGGAGAGGGUAAGAAAUUUGUGUUACAUGGUGAGUCGGAGGGAGAAGCUGAAGCUGCUGCAGAGUAAAGCCCAGGAGCAGAUGUUUAACUUACACGUGAAGCUUGUGAACCAGGAGGCCUCUGCUGGUCUGCCUUCUUCAUACCCAGUGGAGAGUAUGCUGUUUCGUCCCCCUCCGAGGAUAACCCUGAAGCUGAAAAUGCCCAAAUCCUCUAGCCUUGGAAAUGGAAAUCCCAGUUCCAAAUCUGGCAAUGGGCCGCUCUGCAUAGACAAUAGUGGCAAUGUGACUGAACAUGCAGGUGAAGGGCUGGGUCAGGGGAAGCCUCAGCUGCAUGGACGUGGUCGGAGAGAGGAGCGCUCAAAUGGGCGCCUGUCAUCCUCAAGCAGCUCAGUGCUGCCAGUAAAACCCACAGGCAAACCUUUAGCCCUGCACGCUGCGCUCCACGGCCACUCCUCCAACAGUAACAGCAAACUGGACCAAGAACAAGCCUGUGUGACUAAGUCUAACGGCCUCUUUGAGAAGUUUGUGUCUCAGAAGGACAGUUCUUGCCAGACGCCCAAUGACCAGAAUGCUUCACAUCAGGCUUUCAGUAAAAGCAGCUUUCGCAAGUCUGCCAUGGAGCACUUUGGCAGGUCCUUUAAAGAGGCGACUAUUAACCUGGUACGGACCACAGAGGACCUGCGUGCCUCUGACAAACUGUCUCGAGAGGGCUCGACUAAGGAGAGACCGUGGACUAAACCCAUGUCCGAACACAAAGUGAAAAGCGCACGGUCGUACCAGGACAGUGACGGCUACUGUCCCGACUUGGAGCUCAGUGACUCAGAGCCAGAGGCCAAAGGGAGGCACAGGCGGCAGGUCGGGCUGCCUCAGCCAGACGCUCCAAGGAAAGGGAUCAGUCAUGGGAAACAAUCGCUGGGUUCCAGACACCCGAUGCAGAGGUGACAGCUGUUUUUGUCUCUUGACUCACUGCCGCUGUUCUUUCCUGACUGUCUUCCCGAGUGCCAGGCCAUCUCUGCGAACACAUCUCCAUCAGGGAUCGAAGACCCAGUGCUCCUGGUGCUGCACAUGCAAAGGAAAAACUGCAUGAAGGGUCAUCAAGAACAUCCCCCAGAAGAAUUCACAAAAAAAAAGUGGUUGGUGUUGGUUUGAGAUGAACAAAUCAGUCAGUCUUCUGAGAUUAUCAUGGCUAGCAUUGCAUUUUUGUACUCUACUUUGUAUUAAACACUCCUGCUCCUCCACACACAGGUUCAGUUUGCCUUUGAUUAAAUCUGCUGUGCAUAAGAUGUUCAAAUUGGGAUGUAAAUAAUGUAAGUGAUGCAGUAAUUCAAACCAAUAUGCCAGAUGGGAAUUUUGUAGUAAAUUCUAGUAUCUGCUGCAACUGUUUGUUGCACACUGCCUGUUACAGUUAACCUGUUUGCCCACAGGUGAUAAACUGACCUGGUGACCUUUUAUAUUUGUCGGUAGUGAGGUCGUUUUUUACAAACACAAAUGCCUUUUGUGUGUAGGAAUGCAGUUUCACACUGUUAGUACCUUUAGUCACAUCCUGGUUAGAUUAGAGGAUCAUAGAAAGGUAUUUGAGUUCUGCUCUCAGAAUCAGAGAAAAUGUAUGCAAGAGAGUAUGAUUACAUUCCCUGAGGUAUCCUUCAGUAACAUAGUUGAACUUGGAUGCAUCAAAGCAAAGACUGAGUACAGAUAUGUAAUUGGUUGCCUUUGUUAUUGGUCUCGGAUCAUCACAUGAUAAGCCUUGAUUAUUACAGACUUUGGAACUUCUCAUAUUUGCAGUCUUUUAUGUUACUUGUGUCAUUUUUUCUGACAAUAAAUGAAUGAAGAAUAAAUAAUCUGACCAAGCAA